CUACCGGGCUCCCAGCUUUGCCUGUGGGAUCCUGAGGUAUCCACAUCAGGCGCAUGUUGACUGAGACCUGGAGUCAUGGAUGUGUGCGCGCGUGUUGCCCUGUGGCUCCUCUGGGGGCUCCUCCUGCAUCACAGCCAAAGCCUCAGCCACAGUCACAGUGAGAAGGGGACAGGAACCGGCCCGGGGGCCAGUUCUGAGGAGUCCACUGCUGAAGAGUUUUGCCGGAUUGACAAGCCUCUGUGCCACAGUGAGGAUGAGAAGCUCAGCUUUGACGCAGUCCGCAGCAUCCACAAGCUGAUGGAUGAUGAUGCCAAUGGUGAUGUGGAUGUGGAAGAAAGUGAUGAGUUCCUGAGGGAAGACCUCAAUUACCAUGAUCCGACAGUGAAACACAGCACCUUCCAUGGUGAGGAUAAGCUCAUCAGCGUGGAGGACCUGUGGAAGUCAUGGAAGUCCUCAGAAGUAUACAACUGGACCGUGGAUGAGGUGGUGCAGUGGCUGAUCACAUAUGUGGAGCUGCCUCAGUAUGAGGAGACCUUCAGGAAGCUGCAGCUCAGUGGCCAUGCCAUGCCGAGGCUUGCUGUAACCAACACCACCAUGACAGGGACUGUGUUGAAGAUGACAGACCGGAGCCAUCGGCAGAAGCUGCAGCUGAAGGCCCUGGACACAGUGCUCUUUGGGCCUCCUCUCUUGACACGCCAUAAUCACCUCAAGGACUUCAUGCUGGUGGUGUCUAUUGUCAUUGGUGUGGGCGGCUGCUGGUUUGCCUAUAUCCAGAACCGUUACUCCAAGGAGCACAUGAAGAAGAUGAUGAAGGAUCUGGAGGGGUUGCACCGAGCUGAGCAGAGUCUGCAUGAUCUUCAGGAAAGGCUGCACAAGGCCCAGGAGGAGCACCGCACAGUGGAGGUGGAGAAGGUGCACCUGGAGAAGAAGUUACGUGAUGAGAUCAACCUUGCAAAGCAGGAAGCCCAGCGGCUGAAGGAGCUGCGGGAGGGUACUGAGAAUGAGCGGAGCCGCCAAAAAUAUGCUGAAGAGGAGUUGGAGCAGGUUCGGGAAGCCUUAAGGAAAGCAGAGAAGGAGCUGGAAUCACACAGCUCCUGGUAUGCUCCAGAGGCCCUUCAGAAGUGGCUGCAGCUGACACACGAGGUGGAGGUACAGUACUACAACAUCAAGAAGCAGAAUGCUGAGAAGCAGCUGCUGGUGGCAAAGGAAGGGGCUGAGAAGAUAAAAAAGAAGAGGAACACACUCUUUGGUACCUUCCACGUGGCCCACAGCUCUUCCCUGGAUGAUGUGGAUCACAAAAUCCUGACGGCUAAGCAAGCUCUGAGUGAGGUGACAGCAGCACUGAGGGAACGCCUGCACCGCUGGCAACAAAUUGAGAUCCUCUGUGGCUUCCAGAUUGUCAAUAACCCUGGCAUCCACUCCCUGGUGGCUGCCCUCAACAUAGACCCCAGCUGGAUGGGCACUACGCGCCCCAACCCUGCCCACUUCAUCAUGACUGACGACAUGGAUGACUUGGAUGAGGAGAUUGUGUCUCCCUUGUCCAUGCAGUAUGCUGCCUGGUUGAUGGGGCGUAGGUUCAGUGACCGUUCUCUCUGCUCGACAUCCGCCGGCUCGGAUGAUCAGUCCCUCUGGAAAUACCCGGCCCCCAGCCUGCAGAGCAGUGUCCGGCAGCGCCUGACGGAGCCACAGCAUAGCCUGGGAUCUCAGAGGGAUUUGACCCUUUCCGAUUCGGAGUCCUCCCUCCACAUGAGUGACCGCCAGCGUAUGGCCUCCAAGCCUCCUCAGAUGGUCCGUGCUGCAGAUGAAGCUCUCAAUGCCAUGACUUCCAACGGCAGCCACCGGCUGAUUGAGGGGGUCCACCCCGGAUCUUUGGUGGAGAAACUGCCUGAUAGCCCUGCCCUGGCCAAGAAGGCACUACUGGCCCUGAACCAUGGGCUGGACAAGGCCCACAGCCUGAUGGAGCUGAGCCCCUCAGCCCCACCUGGUGGUUCUCCACCUUUGGAUUCUUCACGUUCUCACAGCUCCAGUUCCCCAGACCCAGACACGCCAUCUCCAGCUGGGGACAGCCGAGCCCUACAGGCUAGCCGAAAUACACGCAUUCCCCACCUGGCUGGCAAGAAGGCCAUGGCUGAGGAGGAUAAUGGCUCCACUGGUGAGGAGACAGACACCAGCCCAGGCCGGAAGAAGUUUCCCCUCAAAAUCUUUAAGAAGCCUCUUAAAAAGUAGGCAGGAUGAGGGUGGCAGUGGUGGGACAGUUUGUCCUUCUCUGGUCUUCUGCCCCCCUUUCCCUCCUUCCCAAGAUAAACCUGGCCCCUUGAGUGGGGCAUGGGAGGGGCUGGUCCAAGGGCCUGGGCACUGUAUAUACCUGCCCCCCUCAUUCAUGGGUCCUUCAAAAUUAUUUAUUAACUAAGCAUCACGGCUUGCCUGCCCUGCCUCCCUCCCAACCAUGGGGUGCUACUGUCACUCCCUCUCCACUUCAGUGCAUGUCUUAGUUGCUGUCCCCUCAGCUCCCAGAUCCACAUCUGGGGUCCAGCUUCUGUGUCUGCUGUCCCAGUUUUGAGAUUUGGUUUCUUGUUUCUGUCUCCUGCUUUCAGGCUCCUCCUUCCCACCACUCCCCAGCUUCCCCUAGCAGCUAGUGGGGAGGAUAUGAGGAGUAACUUCUGACACCUGUUUGCCUCAGGUCUGUUCCACUCCACCUAUGAUGGUUUUGUUUGCCCCAGACUGAAGUGUGGGGCCUGAUGUUUGAAGUUUGUUCUUUGGGAGCAUGACUGGCCAGAGGGAGCCAUGGUGUGCAGCUCACUCAGGCCUCCACAGGUCCAUGGGGGAGCGAAACCAUUUCCCAGAGAACAAGCCACUAGAGAGUUCUGAAGAGUAGCCAGGCUAGGAGAUGGAUUGGGAGAGAAUUCUCUUAGUUGGAGGAUGAGUAGAUGCCAGAGUCAUAGGCUACAUGGCAGUCACCUUUUCUCUCACACCUGCCUUUCUCUUAUCCCUGCUCUCCCACACUACAGGAGGGUUUGUCUGUGAGAGGUGCUGCCCACGUGUUCCCCAAGCAUCAAUACUCCUGGAACUCAGGACAAUCAGCUCCCCUGGCCAUGGGAGCCUCAGCAAUGAUACAGGGCUCCAAUGGGGCCCUGGAGCUGUUGGGCAGGAUACUGUCACAUUUGAACCAAAAGACAGUUUAAAAUUGAAAAAGAAAUCUCCUGAAUUUCCCAAGUGCCUGCACCGCAUACUUCCCCAUGUCAGACUCCAUUUUCAUGUUAUUGCAUACCCUGGGCCAGAGGCUCAGAAAGGACACAGCUAGUUUAGGAAAGGGGGUGGCUAAGGAAGAUAGUGUAGGUGAAAGUGGCUGUGUGACCACUUCUCCCCACCCUUCCCAUCCUCUAGAUGGUUCUCUCCCUUACCUGUUUUUGCUAUGGCUGUUAAGGUAUUUUCCCUCUGCCCCACUUGCUGCCAUGCCUUUACUCUGGGAUCCUAUUUUGGGCCUGGGGUCCGGGCACCUGGGGCUUGUCUUAGGAGGGUGCUAGGCUGCAGACUGCCCUUUACUCCCUGGGCACCCUCACAUGGGUUUUUUCUGUGUUAUUUCAUAAGAUUCUUUGAAAGUCCAAUAAAGCAUGUAGGAGAUUUUAACCUCU